GAAGUUAUGGGCCUUUCAGAACGCUGUAGAUCUACUGAUGUAAUAUUAGGCGGACAAAGGUGCUCUGCAUCGACAAGCGACAGCAACAAAAAACAACAGCUGCACAGCAUCGUUCUCAGUUACAAGCAGACAGUCGAAGUGAUGAGUCUGGACAUGGUAACUUCUGCUACUCCUGACAGAGUCCUACCGUGAGGACCAACUAGGAGAAAGUUCAAGAUUUUUCCAGCAUGAAUCAAUACAUCUCCAAGAAUCACUGGCAACACCUCCCCGGCGUUACGUUUUAAAUCGAUAAGUGGAGUACCAUUAAAGAGCUGAAUGGGACACAGGCGAUAAUUUACCAGCGAAGGACAAGAUUAACCGCAUCUUGCCUCAGGAUGAAGCUCCUCCUGAUCCUUGUUGCAGCCGCAGUUUGUGUUUUCUCUCAAGAAAAAACAACCGAUGUUGGGUUCGAAAGCAAAUAUCGUUCACAUUUCUCCAAAUUUCUGAAAAAGCGUACCCAAAUUCCUCCUCCACCAGUAGAAGAGACAAAAGAAGAGAAAGUAGAGAAGAAAGAAGAGAAAGGAGAGGAGAAAGAAGAGAAAGAAGGACAGGAGGUAAAAAAACAGAAGUCAUGGGAGGACACUGAGCUGCGGGCGUUUCUCAUGGAACAAGGGCGCCGUUACACUCCCCUCUACAGCGCCUUCGCCUCUGACUUGGAGGAGUACGAGCGCUGCCUAUCAAACGUCAGCCAUGGCGCCGAAAUCCAGAGAGAUCUUUUGGUGGUUUACCGAGGGCAGCCAGAACUGAAGCUUGCGUGUGAGCCGUUCUGCAAGAGACCCGACGGACCCCCAUGGCCUGACUGGUACUUCUUCAACAAGUACAUCUCCAAUACCUCGCUCAGUCUCGCAAAUGCGACAAGAGCAGAGGAGAUGCAAAACGCUGUCCUUUAUUUCGGGAAAACUACUCUGGUACUGAAAGACCUGAGUGCGGAACACGCUGGGAAGUACUAUUGCAAGUAUGAAGAUACUGUCAUCCGUGAAUACUGGGUUUAUACCGUGGAACAUAGCAACAUCAAUUAUAGCUUGGUUGAAAGCAACGAGAUACCCAUACCCAAUGCCACUACGCGUUACGCAGACUGGGGAAUAACAGUACUCUACAAAGUGCAGUCAGGCAGCUGUAAUCUCCAGACGUACGAGGAAACCCUUAUAGAUGACAGCAAUAUCUUGGACGCCAGGUGGUGGACACAUAAGGUGUUUUACGGGAAGUGGUGGGAACGUGGAUACGGGAAUUUCAAGAGUUUCUUGACCCAGAAUCAAGUGUACGCGCACUUGACACUCCCAAGACAAGCUAUACAAGUCUUUCCCUACAUGUCGAUUGAUUCGGAGCCCUCUCCUAACAUCUCAGCGAAUUACUCUGAGGUUUCCACUCUGCAGAUGUUCUCGGGAAUGGAAGUCCCGUUCGUCCCUGAUCUUAUGCCGAGCGCCUUUCCGGCCAAACUCUUCCACCAUACUUACAUCUUCGAAAAGAACUGCUCAAAGGGGUCACUGAUACAGAGGGAAUACGAGGAGAAAGAAUUCUACGUUAGAGAGAAGAAGACCUUCACGUUCUCGGCUUUCAAAAUCUCGUGUUCCGGAGGGAGAGAUUUCGACAACCUGACCUGGUCGAAGGAGGGCGUGACCUUGCGCACGUCUACCAAUCUGUCGGUGACAAAGAGCGGAGUGACGUUUCACAAGGCCUUUACUAAUGACAGUGGGAAAUACACAUGCUGGAAAGGGGACAUGGCCCUUGCAUCGACCAACGUCCUGGUAGAAAACCCACUCAAGUCCAAGAGUAUGGAACUGACAUUCAAGUGGAUUCUGAGUAUAUUGAUUUUCCUUUGCUUGAUCAUGUUCUUUUAUAAUGUUCUGUGCGUAGUGGAACUUUAUAUCAGUAGUUUUAUGCAGGUGAUCACCCUGGGUAACUUCAGGAGGGAGUAAAAUACUGCACUAAUCGUUUCUUCUUAAAUAAUGGUCCAGGAUUUCACUUGGGUAAUAGACCUCUCUCUCUCUCUCUCUCUCUCUCUCUCUCUCUCUCUCUCUCUCUCUCUCGUGUUUUUUUUUCAUGCACAUUCAAAUGAGUAUUGUGGUUUUAGUUACUUUAUUCCCUAACAUGAAGAACUUUAUUAAAUAUUGCUGUUUUAUUUAUUGAGCACACGAAGUAUUUUCUUUAGGCGAAGGAUACUCAUAACGUGUUUUGGACUAAAACAUUUAUCCCUUUUGCAAAACUAAGCUUUCGCCAUUCAAGAAGUUAUCGGCCUUGCACUGAAGGUUUGCACAAAGAAAUCAUAAAUAUAGAAAGUCAAGUGCCAUAUGGUAGAGUUCGUUCAAAUUAUGCCAUCAUUUACUUUUUGUGUUGUAGCCAAAGGAUUUGAUUUUUUUCAUUUGACAUUUGGGUUGAGAUGUUGAAGUGAAUAAAGCUUAUAUUCAUUUUCAUAAA